AUGAUCAAAAGUUUUAUUCUUGGCUUUCCGUUUCCUAGGUUUGGAAGAAAGAAGCCGUGUGAAGCGAUUCCAAGGAUUGCAUUAUCGAUGGCGAUGCUUAAGCCACUGAGUGUUAUUGCUCCAAAGGUUCUGACGGACGAUUUCUACAAGGGUGCGAUGGCGUUUGCAACAUGCCCGUUUGGCGUUGGAGACAGAAUCAGAAUCGACAAGUAUGACGGUGUUGUAAAGGACAUGUCGUUCUGGUACCUAGUGCUUGAAAGGCCAAAGGGAUAUGUUUAUAUUCCAACCUCACAUGUUUAUAACACAGCCAUUGAGCUAUUGAAAUGA